AUGUUACCUCUUAAGGAGAGCAUUUUUGAACUAUCUCCGUUCGUUGUGUACGCUCCUCUACUCUCGGUGGUAUUUCCACUGUUGCUUCAUGGUGGUGAGGUUUCGGCUUGGAAUGCAGAAAUGCUAGAAGCAAACCCGGUUGAAGCUAGCGAUGUCGAUAUCGAGGUGUUUAUUAGCGAUCUGCUCAAGGUAAUGCAGAUUCAGGUCUCCGUAUAUAUGAAUGUACGUGAAGUCGAAGAAUGCUGUGGGUUAGAAGAAGUUCACCGUUUCCGCAUAAUUCUAAAUCCCGGAGACUCAAUCUGCCGAGAAAAUGCGGGCCCUACGUAUAAACUUAGCCAGCACACAUUCUUACCGUCAACUGAGACUUUACCCACUUGCUACACAAUAUGUACUACCAGACAGUAUACUGAAUUACGCACACGACUUCGAAAGGGAAAGCGCCGAUUGAGGUUCAACGAAUUAUUGACAUUACGACUUUGGACAAACUGGAUGAAAGAGGAACAUGAGUGUAAAAUAACUCCAGGAGCACAGCAAGGAGGUUUUGUGCAACAAAACCAAUUAUUUUGCAACACGGAUUUCUAUCAAGAAUAUUCAAUUGCAGUACCUGAACUGAAAUCAUCAACCAACUGA